AUGGCUGAUUCAGAUGACGAUGCUCCACCACCGCUAUCAAGCUUGGCAGAGCAAGUUGACGCUUUGAAGCUCCGAAGCCAUGGCGGCGAGUCCAUAUUGGACCAAAGUAGUCUGCCGCAGGAGGAGGCGCUGCGGGUUGCAAACGUGGUAGUGAAGGCUGCCAAGCCCGUCCCAGCCGCACCAGCAUUAAGGAAAGGCUUCUUCGAUGCCGCUCCUAAAAAGAAGGCCAAGGCCCCAGCUGAAGCCUCGACCCAAAAGAAGACUCAGCCGCCAGUGGAAGAGAUUCCCAUGAUCCGGGCAAAGAAGGGCGUCGGCAACGGGCCUGUAAUUCCGGACUUUCUGCGUGUGGAGCCGGAUGAGCAGGAGAAGCGCUACAUGGCCAUGAAAGCCGACCUCGUCGAGAAACUCAAGCCCACACCUGACGUCAUGACCAAGAUCGGCCAAGACCCGGGUUUGUUGGCGGCGUUUGAUGAUCCAGAGAUCAUGGCCGCAGUCAGCGACAUCGCAGCUAACCCUCAGAACAUAAAGAAAUAUAAGGAUAAACCCAAGGUGGCGGCGUUCUAUGCGGCCAUGGGCAAGCUUAUGGGGGAGAAGCUCGAUUCCAUGGGGCAAGCAGCAGCUGGGCCUGGGAAAAUCGAAAAAUGA